AAAAUCACCCAAAAAACUCGAAAACUGAAAACAGAACCGCCCCACCCCUUUACAGAUCUUAUCUUACGCCAGUCACAGCUCCUCCAUUUCCAUUUUUAUCUCUUCAUUUCCAAAAUCAAAUCUCUCUUUGAAUUUAGAAGAAGAACCCAAAAUUGGCAAAUUAUUCCCAUUGAAAUUUUGGCAUAAUAUUCAAUUUCCAUAUCUUUUCUGUCAUAUCCAUUUUGGUUUUACUUGAUUUCAAGCGAAUCUCCCUAUAGAUUCCUUCCUAUUCUAGGGUUUCGCCGAGGAUUCCGAUGAAUCUACGCCGUCGAUCAUGUAAUUAGUCAGUCGAUCAAAAUGGCUUCUAUUCGUCGAACGCUGUCACCCGCCUAUCACGACCGUACAUAUCAAAACGGCAGUUCUGGCGUCAACUCUCCAUUAUCAGUUUCUUCACCGUCUCAUAAGUUUUUCACCAAUAGCGGCACUAAGUACUCCACUCCGUUUGCCUCCUCCUUGUUUAGUUUUAACGUCUUUCCCCUCCGCUGGUUUCUCACCGCCGCGUUCUUUCAAAAACGGAAAGGAUUUCGUAGAUCUUUAUAUAGAUGCUUGAUUUUCUUUGCUGUAGGGUUCUUUUUGGGUUUGUUCUUGUUUGGUCCUUUGGAAAAUGAUGUCCAGAAUCACGACUUCUCCUUCGAGAUCAAGCCGCCGCAUGUCAAUGUUCAAUUGGAUGACGGCGGCGGCGAUAAUCGCGGUAUUAAGCGAGACGUUUUUGCCCUAAAUUCUGUGAGUUUGGGGGUUGAUACGCAAGUUAAUUACAUUUCGAGAUUUGAUUAUGUUCCGAGGAAGCAAUUAAUCGUGAUUACGCCAACAUAUAAUCGUGCUUUGCAGGCCUUCUUUCUGAAUAGAUUAGGGCAAGUUCUAAGGCUAGUGCAGCCUCCGUUACUGUGGAUUGUGGUGGAAAUGAAAACCGCCUCUGUGGAGACGGCAGAAAUUUUGAGGAAGACGGGAGCUAUGUAUAGGCAUUUGGUUUGCGAGAGAAAUUCGACUAAUGUUAAAGACAGAGGAGUCCACCAGAGGAAUGUGGCUUUGGAGCACAUAGAGAGGCAUAGGCUUGAUGGUAUUGCUUACUUUGCCGAUGAUGAUAAUGUUUAUUCGCUUGAGUUGUUCGAGAGCUUAAGAGAUAUCAGCCGAUUUGGUGCUUGGCCUGUUGCGAUGCUUGCCCAAAGCAAAAACAAAGCUAUUUUGGAAGGUCCCGUAUGCAAUGGAAGUCAUGUAAUUGGAUGGCACACCAACGAAAAAAGUAAAAGACUCCGAAGGUUUCAUGUUGAUAUGUCAGGAUUUGCUUUCAACAGCACUAUCUUGUGGGAUCCUAAGAGAUGGCGGCGCCCAUUUUC